AAAACAAAGCAUGGUUUUACACAGAAUAUAUUUCCCCUGUUACUUAUCCUUUAUCCCUUCCUCUUGUUUUUCUCCUUUUCCAUGAAGUUCCUACAUACUGAGCUUGAAUGUGGGAACACAACCCCAAAACAGACAGUGUCAAACAUAAGUAAAGUAGUAUGCAUAAUCUUUGUCAUAUUUUCUGCGACCACAGCAGUGUUGAAGAUGAAUAAAUUUAAGGUUGCAUUUGGUGAUUUGAAGGAGCCAGAAAGCUUGCCCUCAACAUCUGUGAAGAAGUGUGAGAUUUUCAGUGGGGAAUGGGUGCCAAAUCCUGAGGCACCAUACUACACAAACACAACAUGUUGGGCAAUUCAUGAACACCAAAACUGCAUGAAACAUGGGAGACCAGAUUCUGAGUUCAUCAAGUGGAGAUGGAAGCCAAAUGAGUGUGAACUCCCCAUUUUCAACCCUUUUCAGUUUUUAGAAAUUAUGAGGGGAAAAUCUUUGGCUUUUGUUGGAGACUCCUUAGCCAGAAAUCACAUGCAGUCUAUGAUUUGCCUCCUUUCAAGGGUGGAGUGGCCCAUAGAUGUUUCCAACACGAAUGUCUUUGCCUUCAAGCAAUGGAAGUACUCAACUUACAACUUCACCUUGGCUAAUUAUUGGACACCCCAUCUAGUUAGGGCUAAAAAAGUGGAUUCAAAUAGCACCCUCUUCAAUGUUUUCAUUGAUGAGUUUGAUGAAACAUGGACAACUCACAUUAAAGAGUUUGACUAUGUGAUCAUCAAUGGAGGACAAUGGUUUUUGGGACCCCUUGUGUUCUAUGAGAAACAAAAACUUGUUGUUGGGUGUCAACAUUGUGACCUAGACAACAUCACUCACUCAAACUUGUACUAUGGCUAUAGAAAGGUCUUUAACACAACAUUUAAAUCCAUCAUUAGUUUAGAAAACUUUAAGGGCACCACAUUUCUUAGAACAUUUUCACCAUCUCAUUUUGAAAAUGGGUUGUGGAAUAAAGGUGGAAAUUGUGUGAGAACUAAGCCAUUUAGGAGUAAUGAAACAAAGUUAGAGGGCUAUGAUUUAGAGUUACAUAAGAUUCAAUUAGAUGAGUUUAGAAUGGCCAAGAAAGAAGGAAUAAAGAAAGGGUUGAAGUUCAUGUUACUUGACACCACACAAGCAAUGUUAUUGAGACCAGAUGGUCACCCCAAUAGAUAUGGGUAUUGGCCCAAUCAGAAUAUGACACUGUAUAAUGAUUGUGUCCAUUGGUGCUUGCCAGGCCCAAUUGACUCAUGGAGUGAUUUUCUACUAGAAAUGUUGAAAAUGGAAAGUGUAACAUCUACAAGUAAAAAUAUGAUUCAUUCAUAGAUAAAUUGAUAAUUUGAUUUUAAAAUAUAGCAUUAUUGUAAUAUUUCAUA